GCUUUCCCUUUUCACUGCAAAAAUGUCGACUGAGAUUGUUCCCGUUGAUGAUCCCAUCGAAGAACCCUGCAGACCGGAGAAAAGGCCAGUGGUUUACCGUGAAGAAGAAGAAGGUGAAGGCACUAAGGGUGUUAUUAGGUCAAUUACUUAUGGUGAAAGUAGUAGUAGUAGUGGAGGGUAUGUUCCUGAAGUGUUCAACAGUGAAAGCUUGCCUUCGAAUUUGGCUUCUGAAAUCCAGAGGUUUCUUCGAGUUGCUAACAUGUUGGAAUGGAAAGCCCCUCGUGUUGCUUAUCUUUGUCGGUUUCAUGCUUUCGAAAUAGCACACAGUUUGGACCGUAAUUCAACAGGAAGGAAAGUUCGACAGUUUAAAACCUUGCUUCUUCAGCGCCUUGAACGUGAUGAAGAAACUUCCAAAACAACUAGGCAGGAACCAAGUGACUCGAGAGAACUCAAACGUGUUUAUGAUGAAAACAGAAGAUAUAUCAACCAGCAUGCCGAAACAUUCGAUUUGGAAAACAGUCAUGGAGAGAAAUUGCUCGAUGCGUGUCGAAUUGUUUCGGUGUUGUAUGAAGUUCUAAAGACAGUUAUAGCUGGUCAUCAGGCCCUUGCUGAUAGAGAUAGUAUUCGAGCCCGAUCCGAGAUGUUCGCGUACAAUAUUCUUCCGCUCGAUCAUGGAGGUAUUCAGCAAGCGAUUAUGAAACUCCCUGAGAUCAAACUUGCUAUCGGAGUUAUUCGUAACGUCCGUGGUCUACCGGCAACCGAAAACGUUCCGAAACGUGGAACUUUCGUCGAUUCUUUCGAGUUUCUCCAGUAUGCUUUUGGGUUCCAGAAAGAAAGUGUAGCCAACCAGAGGGAACAUCUUAUUCUACUCCUCGCUAACGCCCUUUCUCGGCAGCCGAAGAAAUCGUCUACCUUGGAGAUAAUUGAUGCAUCUAUUGAUGAGCUGAUGAGAAAGUUCUUCAAAAAUUAUACAAACUGGUGCAAAUAUUUGGUCAGAAAAAGCAGUAUAAGGUUGCCUUGUGUCAAACAAGAUGCCCAGCAAUACAAAAUUCUAUAUAUAGGUCUUUAUCUUCUUAUUUGGGGAGAGGCUGCGAACUUGCGAUUUAUGCCGGAAUGUCUUUGUUACAUCUUUCACCAUAUGGCGUAUGAAUUGCAUGGUAUGUUAACUGGUGCGGUUAGUAUGACGACCGGUGAAACCGUCAUGCCGGCGUACGGAGGAAGCCACGAGUCUUUCCUUAGCAAUGUGGUUACCCCGAUAUACAAAGUUAUAUAUGAGGAAGCUCAGAAAAACAAAAGUGGAACAGCUGACCAUACGACAUGGAGGAACUACGAUGACCUGAAUGAAUUUUUCUGGUCUCCUGAUUGUUUCCAAAUAGGUUGGCCUAUGCGUACGGAACAUGACUUCUUCUUCACGAAAUCUCCUCAGAAGGAAAAAGGAACCAAAGAUGAAGAGCUGCCUAAGAAGGAAGAAGGCACCGAAAAUGAAGAGCUGCUUAAUAAGGAAAAAGUAACUGAAGAUGAAGAGAUGGGGUUAAGUAAUCAGGUGCCUUCGAAGGAGAAUCGUGAACCGAAAUGGUUAGGGAAGACGAAUUUUGCGGAGAUCCGUUCCUUUUGGCAAGUUUUUAGGAGCUUCGAUAGGAUGUGGAGCUUUUUCAUACUAUCCCUUCAGGCAAUGAUAAUUAUGGCUUGCCAUGAUGUUGGAUCUCCACUGGAAGUGUUCGAUAAGGUGGUAUUGGAGGAUGUUAUGAGCAUCUUCAUAACAUCUGCGGUUCUUAAGCUCAUUCAAGCAAUUCUUGAAAUUAUCUUCACUUGGAAAGCAAGAAACACCAUGGAGUUAUCUCAAAAACGGAUACAAGUCCUAAGGCUCGGUUCUGCAGUGAUAUGGACCGUCGUUCUUCCGGUCAUUUACGCUCAUUCCAGGAGGAAAUACACUUGUUAUUCCACACAAUACGAAAGCUGGCUCGGACAAUGGUGCUAUUCCUCCUACAUGGUUGCAGUGGUAAUAUACCUAAUGAUUAAUGCAGUUGAUCUGGUGUUGUUUUUUGUCCCGGCCGUUAGCAAGUACAUCGAGAUCUCGAACUGGCGAAUCUGCAAAACUUUAUGUAGGUGGGCACAGCCUAGACUAUACGUUGGACGGGGAAUGCAAGAGACUCAAGUUUCUCUUUUCAAGUAUACAUUUUUUUGGAUACUUGUGUUGUCAACCAAGUUAGUGUUCAGCUACAGUUUUGAGAUAAAGCCCCUAAUAGCACCAACGAGAGAAAUUAUGAAAAUUGGUGUGCAAAUAUACGAUUGGCAUGAGCUUUUCCCUAAAGUCAGGAACAAUGCUGGUGCUAUUGUGGCAGUCUGGGCUCCCAUAAUAGUUGUGUAUUUCAUGGACACACAAAUCUGGUAUUCUGUUUAUUGUACAAUCUGUGGAGGACUUUAUGGCAUUUUGCAUCAUCUUGGAGAGAUCCGGACGCUGGGAAUGCUGAGAAGUAGAUUUCACUCCUUGCCGUCUGCGUUCAACCGCCUUAUCCCGCCGCAAUUGAAUAAGAGUCGGACGAAAAAUUUCCUCCAGAACAUAUUCUGCAAGGCGUCGAAGAGUGAAGUAUUGGAUCAGAAAUUUGUUCUAGUAUGGAACAAAAUUAUCAGAAAUUUUAGAUCAGAGGACUUGAUAAGCAACAGGGAAAUGGAUUUGAUGACAAUACCUACAUCAGGGUUGUUCCCUGGUUUUAUUUGUUGGCCCAUUUUUCUUCUUGCAAAUAAGUUUUCGACUGCCGUGAGCAUCGCAAGAGAUUUCGUGGGGAAGGACGAGAAACUCUUUAAACGGAUUCGAAAAGAUGAGUACAUGUACUUUUCUGUAAAGGAGUGCUAUGAGUCGGUGAAGUUCAUCCUCGAUGUUCUUAUUGUCGGUGACCUGGAAAAGAGGAUUGUAUCGAACAUCUUGAACGAAAUCGAUCGAAGCAUUGAAGAAUCGAGCUUUCUUAAGGAAUUCAAGAUGAGUGCACUCCCAGCUCUACAAGCUAAAUUUGUUGAGUUGCUUGAAUUGCUGGUUGAGGGAAACGAAAACCAGAGUAGUAAAGUUGUGGAAGUUCUCCAAGAUAUGUUUGAGCUUUUAACAAACGAUAUGAUGGCAAACGGUCACAGAAUAGUGGAUUUGAUAGAAUCCUCCCCGGAAGCCGGUGAUGAUUCUUCUUUUUUCUCCGGAAAGAUCGAACCACAGUUAUUCGAAUCUGUUGCUAGCCAGACUUCUAUAUUUUUUCCUUUGCCUGACGAUGGCCCUCUGAUAGAACAGAUUAAGCGGUUGCAUUUGUUGCUUACCGUCAAAGAUAAGGCGAUGGACAUACCGGCAAACUUGGAAGCCCGAAGGCGAAUCUCGUUCUUCGCUACUUCACUCUUUAUGGAUAUGCCUAAUGCUCCUGAAGUUGGCAGUAUGCUGUCUUUCAGCGUUAUGACGCCGCAUUUCAUGGAGGACGUAAAUUUUUCGCUUAAGGAGCUGCAAUCGAGCAAAGGACAAGUUUCUAUCAUCUUCUAUAUGCAAAAUAUCUUCCCAGACGAGUGGAAGAACUUUUUGGAGCGUAUGGGGUAUCAAAACUUCGACGAACUAAUGGAUGACGGCAAGGAGGAAGAAAUCAGAAGAUGGGCUUCUUUCCGUGGCCAAACGCUAAGCAGAACAGUUAGAGGGAUUAUGUACUAUAGACAAGCCUUAAAACUACAAGCACUUCUUGAAAGGCCCGAGUAUAAAGAUGUUCUCGAGGACAUUAACAUUGUCGAAAGAAACAAUCCCAAGUUAUCUGCUGAACUAGAUGCCUUAGCAGACAUGAAGUUCACGUACGUCGUCUCGUGUCAAAUGUUCGGAUCGCAUAAAUCGUCUGGAGACCCUCGUGCUGAAGACAUAAAGGAGUUGAUGAUAAGGUAUCCGGCUCUACGAGUUGCGUAUAUCGAAGAGAAAGAAGAAAUAGUAGGAGAUAAGCCUCAAAAGAUGGGGGAGGAGCCUCCAAAGGUUUAUUCUUCUAUAUUGGCAAAAGCUGUUGGUUCCUUUGACCAGGUAAUAUAUCGAAUAAAACUUCCCGGUCCGCCGAUCAUCGGUGAAGGAAAGCCGGAAAAUCAAAACCAUGCCAUAAUCUUCACACGUGGAGACGCUCUCCAAACCAUCGAUAUGAACCAAGACAGUUAUUUGGAAGAAGCUCUCAAAGUGAGAAAUCUUCUGCAAGAAUUUCUUCAAAACCAUGGCCGGCGCCCUCCGACGAUACUCGGUUUGAGGGAACACAUAUUCACCGGAAGCGUUUCUUCUUUAGCAUGGUUUAUGUCAUACCAGGAAACCAGCUUUGUCACCAUUGGUCAAAGGCUUCUCGCCAACCCUCUCAGGGUGCGUUUUCACUAUGGGCAUCCAGAUGUAUUCGAUCGGCUGUUUCACAUCACAAGAGGAGGAAUAAGCAAAGCAUCAAAAACAAUAAACUUGAGUGAGGAUGUAUUUGCCGGAUUUAACUCGACCUUGCGGCGGGGAUGUAUCACGUAUCACGAGUACCUGCAAGUCGGCAAAGGUCGUGAUGUAGGCCUUAAUCAAAUCUCAAGGUUUGAAGCCAAAGUUGCUAAUGGGAACAGUGAACAAACUAUAAGCCGUGACAUACACCGUCUCGGUCGUCGAUUCGAUUUCUUUAGGAUGCUGUCUUGUUACUUCACAACCAUUGGAUUUUACUUCAGUAGCCUGAUUUCUGUACUCGGAAUUUACGUGUUCCUCUACGGGCAGCUAUACCUUGUUCUUAGUGGACUGCAGAAGGCUCUUCUUAUCGAGGCUCGAAUGCAUAACAUUGAGUCAUUGGAAACUGCUCUUGCUUCACAAUCGUUUAUUCAGCUCGGGCUUUUAACCGGCUUACCGAUGGUAAUGGAGAUCGGACUCGAGAAGGGAUUUCUUACAGCCCUUAAAGAUUUUGUUCUGAUGCAACUGCAGCUUGCUGCUGUUUUCUUCACUUUCUCCCUCGGAACAAAAACACAUCAUUUUGGUCGAACACUUAUGUACGGAGGAGCUCAGUAUAUACCUACUGGCCGUAAGGUUGUCGUUUUUCAUGCAAGCUUCACCGAGAACUACAGAUUGUAUUCGCGAAGCCACUUCGUUAAAGGAUUUGAACUGGUACUCCUGUUAGUCGUUUACGAUUUGUUCCGGAGGUCGUACCAGAGUAGCAUGGCGUAUGUAUUAAUCACUUACUCGGUUUGGUUCAUGACCAUAACUUGGUUGUUUGCACCCUUUCUGUUUAAUCCUUCCGGUUUCGAUUGGGACAAGAUAGUUGAUGACUGGAAAGGCUGGAAUAAGUGGAUCAAGGAGCAAGGCGGUAUUGGGAUUCGGCAAGAUAAGAGUUGGCAAUCCUGGUGGAACGAUGAACAAGCUCACCUUCGUCGUUCAGGGUACGGUGCUAGAUUGUUCGAAAUUCUGCUCUCGAUUCGGUUUUUCUUGUAUCAAUAUGGCUUGGUCUAUCAUCUUGACAUCUCCCAACAGAGCAAAAACUUCCUGGUUUAUGUGCUUUCCUGGGUUGUUAUUCUUGCAGUUUUCUUGACAGUCAAGGCAGUGAACAUUGGAAAGCAACUCUUCAGUGCUAAUUACCAUCUGAUGUUUAGAUUCUUUAAGGCAUUCCUCUUCCUAAGUGUCUUCUCCAUCGUUAUCACGCUCUCGGUCAUCUGCGAACUAUCGACGAAGGAUAUACUCGUCUGCUGCCUCGCAUUUCUGCCGACCGGAUGGGGUUUGAUACUGGUUGCUCAAGCUGUGAGACCGAUCAUCGAAAACACCGGAUUCUGGCACUUCACCGAGGUACUUGCGCAGGCGUACGAUUACGGAAUGGGAACGAUCCUUUUCUCACCGAUCGCAGUCUUGGCUUGGCUUCCGAUCAUUUCGGCGUUCCAAACUCGAUUCCUUUUCAACCAAGCUUUCAACAGGCAUCUGCAAAUCCAACCAAUUCUUGCAGCCAAGAAGCAGAAAUGAAAUUUUGACAAAAUUUAUUUGUACAUUUCAAAUAUAGAGAGAUAUAUAGCUGUAAAUAACAAUGAUUCAU